UCAACGUAACAGUCGACUACUGCCACUGGUGAGAGCCCCAGCCUUACUUUAUUGUCCCGUAUAAUCUCACAGUUAGCAGCUAGGACUUGUAAUACAGUCGGCAUGCUGCUGAGACCGAGCUCUCAAUGACGCAAUGUUCGCCUUCGCUCUAAUGGCAGGCUCCCUCUGGAUCAUACUAGAGCUGAGCACUACGCUGAUUGAGAGGAUGCAGGUGCAGGAGCUGGUGAUUAGCCUGUGGCUAGCUAAAUUGGAAAAGCUGUUUCAUCUGAUCUGUUCAACGCCCACUGCUGCACUGUUUGGGCUUGGUGCUCUGACUGCCAUGUUGGCCUACUGGCUGGCAACACGCCCGCGUGCCCUCAUGCCCCCAUGUGACCUUCGCCACCAGUCUGAAGAAGUUGAGGGAGGUGGCCAUAAAUCAAUGUUGGUUGACAAUCCCAACCUGUUCACACGCUACUAUGAAGAUACCAAAACCUUAUAUGAGGCGUUCCAGAGGGGACUGCAAAUAACUGGUAAUGGACCGUGCUUAGGUUCUCGUCUCCCCAAUCAACCAUACAAAUGGCUUUCUUAUCGAGAGGUUACGACUCGGGCAGAGCACCUGGGCUCAGGCUUACUGUCUCAGGGAUGCCAGACCAAUUCCAAGCAGUUUAUUGGAGUAUUUGCCCAGAAUAGGCCAGAGUGGAUAAUCUCAGAGCUGGCUUGUUACACAUACUCCAUGGUGGUGGUACCACUUUAUGACACACUGGGUACUGAUGCAGUUCAAUACAUAAUCAACACUGCAGAAAUAUCUACAGUGAUCUGUGAUAAACCAGAAAAGGCCAAGCUGCUUCUAGAUAAUGUAGAGAGACGGAAGACGCUGACCCUGAAGAGGGUUAUCCUCAUGGACCCAUUCGAUGUAGAACUUGUGGAGCAGGGCAAAAAGUGUGGUGUUCACAUCCAGGCCCUGAACGAUGUUGAGGCCUUAGGUCAAGAGCAUUACAGAAAACCAAUGCCACCUCGUUCAGAAGACCUUUCAAUAAUCUGCUUCACCAGUGGCACAACAGGAAAUCCAAAGGGUGUGAUGCUUACACAUGGGAACAUUGUUGCUGAUGUCUCUGGCUUUCUGAAAGCAACAGAUAAAGUCAUAUCUCCAAAUCAAGAAGACGUUCUCAUUUCUUUCUUGCCCCUUGCACACAUGUUUGAACGGCUCAUUGAGGCAGUGGUGUAUUGUCAUGGGGGCAGGAUCGGCUUUUUUCAGGGCGAUAUCCGUCUCCUUUCUGACGACAUGAAGGCCCUGCGCCCCACUGUCUUCCCUGUGGUGCCUCGGCUCCUCAACCGCAUGUAUGAUAAGAUCUUUACUCAGGCCAAUACUCCUGUGAAGCGUUGGCUCCUUAAUUUUGCUGCAAAGAAAAAAGGAGAAGAGGUCAGCAGUGGGAUCAUCCGCAAUGACAGCAUUUGGGACAAGAUCUUCUUCAGGAAGAUUCAGGCCAAUUUAGGUGGGAGGCUUCGUAUGGUUAUAACAGGUGCUGCUCCCACCUCUCCUGCUGUCCUCAGCUUCUUGAGAGCAGCUCUGGGUUGUCAGGUCUAUGAAGCAUAUGGACAGACAGAGUGCACAGCUGGCUGCACAUUCACCACCCCUGGAGACUGGACUUCAGGUCAUGUGGGUGCACCACUACCAUGCAACCUCAUUAAACUCGUGGAUGUGCCAGAGAAGAACUACUUUACCUCAAAAGGAAAGGGGGAGGUGUGUGUCAAAGGCCCAAAUGUCUUUAAGGGCUAUCUGAAGGAUCCAGUUAUGACAGCAGAGACACUGGAUUCGGAUGGGUGGCUUCACACAGGAGAUAUUGGAGAGUGGUUACCGAAUGGCACAUUAAAGAUCAUAGACAGGAAGAAGCACAUAUUUAAGCUUGCACAGGGUGAAUACAUUUCCCCUGAGAAGAUCGAGAACAUCUAUAUUCGCAGUGAGCCUGUGUCUCAGCUCUUUGUUCAUGGAGACAGUCUGCAGGCUUGUCUAGUUGGAAUUGUUGUUCCAGAUCCUGAAGUGAUGCCCUCUUGGGCCCAGAAAAGGGGCAUUGAUGGAUGCUAUGAUGAUCUGUGUAAGAAUAUGGAAUUAAAGAAAGCCAUCUUGGAUGACCUGGUGUGUUUGGGCAAAGCUGGUGGCCUCCAUUCAUUUGAACAAGUAAAAGACAUCUACAUUCAUAAUGAGAUGUUCUCCAUAGAAAAUGGAUUGCUGACCCCUACAUUAAAAGCCAAGAGGCCAGAGCUUAAAGAACAUUUCAAGCAGCAGAUAGAACAUCUGUAUGACAACAUCACAAUGUAAAAUUCCCAGUUUUUAAAUGGGGACUGAAUACUUGGACUGAAUUAUUAUUAUUUUUUUAAAGUGAUCAAUUGUCAAUAAUUUAUCAUUAAAUUCCAAUCAAACUACAAAAAGCAUGCCAACGAGCCAUGCAUGAUGAGAAGAUGGAGAGCAGUGUCAGUCUAGAAGUGUAGAUAGACUCAAAGGAGAGUAGUCAUAUUUUGGCCGGGAUUGUCAACAGUUUGGUGUGCCUUUGGAAAAAGUGGCAUAGUUACAAUCAAGUUUGUCUCUUUCAAAAAGCCAAACUAGCAUGCAUGCAUCCUUCCUUUUUCAUAAGUGACUAACUAAGCAACAUGGCUCCCCUUGGUCUAUUAAUUUUAUUUGAUUAUGGGUCCAACUCUGAACAUAAAAGUUAUUUGAACAAAAAAAACAUGCAUGAUGUGUUUGAGAAGUCCUUUCUUGAUUAAUUGAGGUUUUACACAUCAAAAGACGUACAAACUUACACUUGGCCUAAAUAUGGGGAAUAAAAUGCAGCAAUAUAAGGUAUUCAAUUUCCAAUCCGCUUGCUUGUUGCAAAGCGAGCAUACCAUGGACCUAGCUAUAUGGACUUGGUAGUAUUUUCAGUUGCACUUUCUUCCAUCCCACAAUUUAAAAAAAGUUAAUGUAAGUAAUGUUACUGUAUAUCUCAGCUUCAAACAUAUUUAUUGUAAUGAUUUAAAUUUUUGUGUAUAGUGAAAGAGAUUGAAUACUUGUUUCAGUACCAUGGUAUGGAUUGGGAUGUGUAUCAGAAUUACAAUAUGGAUGGUAACAAAAUAAAAGAAUAUUAAAUUAAUCAAUUUACUCUCUUUAUUAUUCCUUAUAAGCAAUGCAAAUGAAAGGAGAAAAAAUGCAGCGAACAGCUGAUUUGACAGUGUGCAUUUGAUUUGUGUGUAUUAUGCUACAAACACUUUGCCAAGUAGAAACUACUUAAUGCUUCUCUGAAUACCUGUCUUCAGUCCUUCAGAGGAUUAGUCAGUGAAACAAUGGCAAGAAAUAGCUCA